CGUAGUGCGUGGGAGUGAGUCAGAAGCGGCGACCGUUUCGUCCGCCCGCCCAUGUUUUGUCAAUAGCUUUUCAAGAAUUGCUCAUCAAGCACUAUUUAUGUCAACAUUUUCACAGCCAGAAGUGCGGCGGUCGCCUUUGUCCGUUCUUUUUUGAAAGCAGUGCUCUACGCCGCCCAAGUGGUUGCAGCCUAGCCUAGCCUAGCCUGCCAAGAUGUCAACCGCUCUGCUCGCUCUCAUCGCCGUCUUUCUCUGCAUACUCUUUCGUAUCCUCAAUGUUAACAGCCACGCCGAAAAGCCAACCUUGUUCUGCAAGGACAGAAACUUUCUCGACACCGUCUCCAAGAUCUCAUCCGUCGUUUCAGAACCUUAUGUACCAACCCGCUUGUGGGGCUUUAGUGGGCAUGUCCAAACUGUGGUCCACAGCAUUCUUGGGCGUUUGAAGUGCCCUUGGCCUAUAGGGGAACGAUGUUACCUUUAUCUGCCAGACGGCUCCACUCUCACCUAUGACUUGUAUCAGGCUUUGAACCAAACCUACGAAGAUGACGUUACUCUGGCUAUCUGUCCAGGCAUAGGAAACACCUCUGAAAGUGUUUAUAUUCGGACUUUUGUGCAUUAUGCACAGUGCCAUGGCUACCGUUGUGUUGUUCUGAACCAUCUGGGUGCUCUUGGAAGUGUUCCUGUCACUGCACCUAGAGUUUUUACCUAUGGUCACACCGAUGAUUUCCAUUCCAUGAUGUGUAGUUUAGUUACUCGCUAUCCUGGAACUGAGGUUGUGGCAGUUGGAUUUUCUCUGGGGGGUAAUCUUGUCACCAAAUACUUUGGAGAGCCUGGAAGAAUCUUGCCUGCUAACAUCAUUGGUGGUAUUUCCAUCUGCCAAGGAUACUGUGCCCUCAAUGGAAGCUCGUAUUUGUUGAAUUGGCAGAAUUUCCGUCGCGUCUACCUGUAUGUGAUCACUGAGACGAUGAAAACCAUCAUCUUGCGCCACCGGAGUGUCUUGUUGUCAGAUCCUGUCAAAAAAGCAUUUGGCCUGAAUGAAAGAGAUAUUGUUGCAGCAGCUACUUUACCAGAGCUUGAUGAAGCUUACACCAGGAAAAUGCACAAUUUCAAAUCUGUUAGUGAAAUGUACCGUUGGAGUAGCUCCAAGUAUUACCUCCAAAACAUCAAGCUUCCUAUGGUAUUCAUCAAUGCCCGUGACGAUCCAAUUGUGCCAGAAAACAUGCUUGAACCGAUUCGUGAAUUUGCCUCUAACCAUCCUAAAAUUCUUCAUGUUGAAACUGCCCAUGGAGGUCACCUUGGCUUCUACGAAGGAGGCUUCAUUCGCGCUAAUCCCGUCACUUGGCUGGAUCGCACAGUUGUGAGCCUGAUUGGCUCCCUAGUCUUUGCCCACUCGGAGAGCAAGCUCAAGUUCACUGCUGGUGCUCACUAAAAGGGACCUUCUGUCUAACAUUGGAAUGUAGCAAUUUUAAUUUUAGCUUAAUUCUGUUGCUUCUCAUGUGGGGGGGAAAUGUUUUGAUCGGUUGGCUUCUUUUUAAAGUGGUGUUACUGUACUGCAUUGUUUGCAUUUAAUUGGGUUUUAUGGUUAACAUUAGGCAAUCCCACAGCUUAUUCUUUUAAAUAUUUUAUUAUUUAUGCUUUUUUACUAUUUAUCUUGCAUAGAAAUGUGUCAAUGAUGCAAUUCAUUCCAUUGUAGCCAUUCACGCUCACAUUAUUUUCUGGCUGUGCUCAGUCAACCAUCCCAACAUUUUCCAAAAUGCUUUGUCAUGUUUUUUGUUGGUGAUCUCAUCUACUUCCCUCAAAGCAUUUAUUUUAAUUUCGACUGUGUAAUAUUAUUUGGGCCAAUAAUACAUUUGUCUUUAGAAAAUUUCAAGCUAUAAUUUAAUGUGAAUGUGUUAUAAGAUAAUUUAUUUUUAUAUCAUUGUAAUAAUUCAAAAUUCUGAACUCCUAAAAAUCUCAGUUUGGCUGGAUUUAGGGUUUUGAAUAUCAUGCUGCUGUGACUGAUGUCAUUCUUAUCAUUCUUUUAUCGAAAUAUUUGUCUUCUGUCAAGAUGCUCAUUAUGUCAUCAUGAUUGAUUCUGCUCUCAUAUAACUGUAUGACUUUGUUUACUUGCAACUUUAAUGAAAACUCAGCAGACAUGUAGGGCCAUCAAUAUAUUAUGGACUCUCUUCAUCUCUCAUUUGUACAGUAACAACUAUGAAUUUGAUUUAUAGCAUUUGUCCCUCCUGCUUUUAUGUGAUACAUCGUUUUUCAUGCAAUUUCUUAAUUUGCUUGAAUCUAUUUUUACCUUUGUUUAGAUCCUAUCAAAAGAGAUCUUAAAGGUUGUGCAAUUGUGUGAGUGUGUAUUUGUAUGAAUGUGAGCGUUUGUGGGGGUGUGAAAUCUAAGACAUCUAGUUUAUUAAAUCGUGCUGGUGAGUCUGGGUGAAUCCUGUCAUUCGGUAGUUAAAAAACAUCGAAGGAAUGCCGUUACCUCGUGUGUUUGUGGACACAAGAGGGCUGCUGACCGUGAGACUUAUGCCUAUGAUUAAUUUAGGACUUGUCAACAGGGUUGUAGGGAAGAUCAACUCCCAUUGGGAUGCAGCAAAUAUUGUAAUUCGUCCUCUUGGGUAGCUUUAUGCUGAGAGAAGUUUGUGAUACUAGGGUCUUGAAUUUUGCCAGAAUGUCUCCCUAAUGCUAUUUCAUUUAAUAACUGAAUUCCCACUGGGAGGAGGUUUACUUGCUGUCACGUUGUUCAUCUAAGGUAUAACCACAAACACUUCUAGACGGAACAAGGAUAAUAAUUUGAAAAAAAAAAAGAGGUGUACUUAAUUAUGUGAGUUAUCUAAAUGGUUACAAACUAUGCAUAAAAUUAUUUGCCUGUGGGCAUGAAUGAAUGAUUGUGUAUGUUAACUUUCAGUGGUUUGUGGGAUUCAGCCUGUUAUUUUGGUAACUCUGCUGAAAAAAUUUUUCCUCUCACUUAAUUGCUGUGUUUGUUGCCUCAUUCCGAAUUAAUUGGUUUGGCACAUCAAAUUUGCAAUGUCCACCAGUCUUACCGAUUCCAUCUCUGAAAACAAAUUUGGUAGGCAUAGCAACACUACAAAGGUAGUUUUCCUCCGCAUUCUUGGCAGUAUUGUGAUAUUAUUUCUUUCAGAAUUCAUCUUCUGAAAGCCAUAUUAAGAAAGGUUUUAGGUUUAACUAUAUAUUGUUCACUGAAUAUUUAAUAGAUUAAAUUAAAGAAAAUACCUUGUGAAGUUGCUCCUGAAGUGGAGCAAAACUAGUUCAAGACAAUGUAUCUUUUUAAAUAGGACCCCUGUUACAUAAAACUGAAUCCCCUCUUAAAUUUAAUGUUAUUCUACUUCUAUCCUUUUGUUUCUUUGCUCUGCUGUGAAAUGAUUGUGGUGUGUAGCAUCAUAUCCAACCAUCUCAAGAUGGUCUCUAUUAGCUCAGAAUUUGUUCUAAAAUUAUUUAUUUUAGUCUGGUAUUUUGUCUUUGUUUUCCUGAUUCUGGCUAGCAUUUGUCAUCUUUAAAUUAAAUUUCGUGUGUGGAAAUUUUUUAUAUCUAUUUGUUUGGUUGAAAAUUAGUAUAGGUGUUUAAUCAAAUUUCAGGAAAUUGGGGGUUAGAUAAGUUUCAGAUUGUAAGCAUCCUGCUUACAUCUUUUGCCAGUUACAUUCAACUACUUGCUUGAGAUUAAUGCCAAAAUAACUGCAUUUCUAGUCUGAAGAUUUAUUUAUACAGCAAUGUUGUGUAGAAAACUUAAGUUUAUUGAAAAUAUGAAUACAACUGUAUCUAGUUAUCCUCUUAAAAUGUACUGUACUCUGGUAUAAUAUUUCCAUUGUUUGACAAUUCCUUUUAUUGAUGUUCUCUCAAAUCUCUUAGUCUGUAUUGUUAUGACAUGGUCAAAAGACAUUUUUAUCAUUGUUGUUGAAGUCACAAGGGGACAUGGUAGAUGCCUUUGCUAUUUGUUGCACAAAAAUGUCCGUUAACAUAAUUUCGGUUUGAAGUUGUGACACGGUCGCUUUGGAACGAGAACGGCGUCCUCGUCCCUUGCCGCGAUUCCCAUCCCUUUAAUUUCACUUUGGAGUGAACGUGUUCAUUGGGUGGAGUAAUUGGAGCACUAUCAUUUUAAUUUGUUUGACUGGUUGCUUAAAGGUGCAAUGUAAUUUAUGCAAUGUCUUGACUUGCAGCCAGUUGUGUGUGCCAAAUUCUUGCUUUAAGUGCUUGCAAUGUCCAUUUUCAUGAUAUGAUGUGCUCUUAAUCAAUAUUCUCCAGCAAUCUGUCGUCUACCAAGUCCUGUGUCCUGUAUUGUUUUCUGCUCAAACCUUCUAUUGUUUUUUUUUUUGUUUUUUCUUAAUGAAUUUAGAGAAUUUUCUCUUUGUAUUUUUAUCUGGAAUCUAUUCCAGGACUUUUCAAGGAAGAAGAAAGUCUAAUCUCUGGAAUUCCUUUCUUGGGUUGCAUGUACAAAUGGUGUCCUCAAUGUUGUUUUUGAGAUUUCUAAAAAUCUGGUAAAUACUUAACAUGUUUUUUACAAUGUGGGGAAAAUGUGAUUGUAAACUUGACACUUAAAGUGUGCAAGUUCUACUGAUUGUACAUUUAAAAAAUUAAUAAACCAUCUUCUGCAUUUA